UGCUGCUGCCUUCACUGUGCUCAGACCCAGGUAGCACCCACAAGAUUGCCCCCCCUCCAACAGCUCAGUGCAAAGGAGUGAACUCAGCUUGCUUCAGAGCCUCUGCACCAUGACCUCCAAGAAGCUCGUCAACUCGGUGACAGGCUGUGCCGAUGAUGCCCUUGCUGGCCUGGUGGCCUGCAACGCCAACCUGCAGCUCCUGCAGGGCCACCGCGUGGCCCUCCGUUCCGACCUGGACAGCCUCAAGGGCCGAGUGGCACUGCUGUCGGGUGGGGGAUCUGGCCAUGAGCCUGCCCACGCCGGUUUCGUAGGGAAGGGGAUGCUGACGGGGGUCAUCGCAGGAGCUGUGUUCACCUCGCCGGCAGUGGGCAGCAUCCUGGCGGCCAUCAGGGCAGUGGCCCAGGCAGGCACAGUGGGGACCCUCCUCAUCGUCAAGAACUACACUGGGGAUCGGCUCAACUUCGGCCUGGCCCGCGAGCAGGCCCGGGCUGAGGGCAUCCCUGUGGAGAUGGUGGUCAUUGGGGAUGACAGCGCCUUCACCGUCCUGAAGAAGGCAGGCAGGCGAGGGCUCUGUGGCACAGUGCUCAUACACAAGGUGGCAGGUGCCCUGGCUGAGGCAGGUGUGGGGCUGGAGGAGAUCACAGAGCGGGUGAGCGUGGUUGCCAAGGCCAUGGGAACCCUGGGGGUGAGCUUGUCCUCCUGCAGCGUCCCUGGUUCCAGACCCACCUUUGAACUUGCAGCUGAUGAGGUGGAGCUCGGCCUGGGGAUCCACGGGGAAGCUGGUGUGCGCCGGAUAAAGAUGGCAACCGCCAGCGAGAUUGUGACACUCAUGCUUGACCACAUGACCAACCCCUCCAACGUGUCCCAUGUGCCUGUGCAGGCUGGCUCCUCGGUGGUGCUGAUGGUCAACAACCUGGGUGGCCUGUCCUUCCUGGAACUGGGCAUCAUCGCCGACGCUGCUGUCCGCUCUCUGGAGGGCCGCGGGGUGAAGAUUGCCCGUGCCCUCGUGGGCACCUUCAUGUCAGCCCUGGAGAUGCCUGGCCUUUCUCUCACCCUUCUGCUGGUGGAUCAGCCCCUUCUGAAACUAAUAGAUGCUGAAACCACUGCAUCGGCCUGGCCUAACGUGCCCAAGGUCUCCGUGACCGGGCGGAAGCGGAGCCGGGCAGCCCCCGCCGAGCCCCUGGAAGCCCCUGAUUCCACUGCUGCGGGAGGCGUAGCCUCGAAGCGGAUGGUGCUUGUGCUGGAACAGGUGUGUACCAGCCUCUUGGGCCUGGAGGAACAUCUGAACGCCCUGGACCGUGCCGCCGGUGAUGGGGACUGUGGUACCACCCACAGCCGCGCUGCCAGAGCGAUCCAGGAGUGGCUGAAGGAGGGCCCACCCCCUGCCAGCCCUGCCCAGCUACUCUCCAAAUUGUCCCUCCUGCUACUGGAGAAGAUGGGAGGCUCAUCUGGGGCGCUGUACGGCCUGUUCCUGACUGCAGCGGCCCAGCCGCUCAAGGCGAAGACUGACCUUCCAGCCUGGUCUGCUGCCAUGGAUGCCGGCCUGGAGGCCAUGCAGAAGUAUGGAAAGGCGGCCCCAGGGGACAGGACUAUGCUGGAUUCUCUGUGGGCAGCAGGACAAGAGCUCCGAGCCUGGAAGAGCCCGGGGGCUGAUCUAUUCCAAAUCCUGACCAAAGCAGUCCAGAGCGCAGAAGACGCAGCCCAGGCCACCAAGAACAUGGAAGCUGGAGCAGGAAGAGCCAGUUAUAUCAGUUCUGCGCGGCUGGAUCAGCCAGACCCCGGGGCAGUGGCCGCCGCGGCCAUUCUCCGUGCCAUCCUGGAGGUCUUGCAGAGCCAGGGUGUGUGAAUGCCUCCCUGGGCUUCAGUGCCUCUCACUGCUACACAGAGGUGGCCAUUGUCACUUCUGCCCUCCACUGUCACCCUCCCUCGCCCCUCACGCCUCAGGCCUAUCCUCUGAGUUUGGCAGGGAGUCCCCUACCAGCCUGCAGGCCAAGUGGGUCCCGUGCCUCUUCAGCACUUUUUCCCUCCUCAGGGAGGGCGAGGUCCCGGGGUCACCCCCCUCUGCCCCCAGCCAACCCUGGGCUUCAGCAAUGAGGCAGUACCGCCUGGGUGGCAGUAUAGCCUUUCACUGUCCAUGCUAAUUUGGUUUUAAGACUCCGUGUGCAAGGCUUUCUGUACCUGAACCUGAGCCGGUGUGGAAAAGCAAGCUAAUAAACCACGCUGAAGCAACA